UAAGUGUGUGACGUCAAGCGGCCAUUAGCCACAACCGGACAAGCAGGGGACGCCUUCGCAUCGGUCCUAAUUAUUUAAAACGGAAGGCUGUGAUUUAAAAAUCAAAAAUUUUAAUUGUUACCGGCGAAUAGGUUAUUGAAGAGAAAUAGUGAUUAGAAUCCCGAGGGAGUCGAAAAGUUAACGGGAAAUAUAAUUUCAUUUGGGAGAUAUAGGAGGCUUUCCCCUCACCUUUUUAAACCUUAUUUUUAUUUAUUUUUUGAUAAUUUGUACUGGUGACAAGCCCGCUGUAGAAUGGACGAAAAAGCGUUCACAAAAGAAUUGGAUCAAUGGGUCGAACAGCUCAACGAGUGCAAGCAGCUUUCCGAAAGCCAAGUAAAAACACUCUGCGAAAAGGCAAAAGAAAUUUUAACAAAGGAGUCUAAUGUUCAAGAGGUCCGGUGUCCAGUCACUGUUUGCGGAGAUGUACAUGGGCAGUUUCAUGACCUUAUGGAACUUUUCAGAAUUGGUGGAAAAUCUCCGGACACAAAUUACCUUUUUAUGGGCGAUUAUGUUGACAGAGGAUAUUAUUCUGUUGAAACCGUCACAUUGCUUGUAGCACUAAAGGUUCGAUACCGUGAGCGUAUAACAAUCCUUAGAGGAAACCAUGAAAGCCGGCAGAUCACACAAGUUUAUGGGUUUUAUGACGAGUGCCUAAGAAAAUAUGGAAAUGCUAAUGUAUGGAAAUACUUCACAGACCUUUUUGAUUAUCUUCCACUGACUGCAUUGGUAGAUGGCCAGAUUUUCUGUCUCCAUGGUGGCCUUUCUCCUUCAAUAGACACAUUGGAUCACAUCAGAGCACUUGAUCGUCUACAGGAAGUUCCACAUGAGGGGCCCAUGUGUGACUUGCUGUGGUCAGAUCCAGAUGACCGUGGUGGCUGGGGAAUCUCUCCCAGAGGCGCUGGUUACACCUUUGGCCAGGACAUUUCAGAAACUUUUAAUCAUGCAAAUGGACUCACUUUGGUUUCAAGAGCUCACCAACUAGUAAUGGAGGGCUAUAACUGGUGUCACGAUCGUAAUGUGGUCACUAUUUUCAGUGCACCCAAUUACUGUUAUCGCUGUGGUAACCAGGCUGCAAUUAUGGAACUUGAUGAUACUCUGAAAUACUCCUUCCUGCAGUUUGAUCCUGCACCACGCAGAGGAGAACCUCAUGUAACACGCCGUACUCCAGAUUACUUCUUAUAAAAGUGGAUUCUAAAUAUGUACAGUAUCGCCUAAAUGAGAUGGGAAAUGCGCAACAGUGACUUCAGAUUCUUCAGUUGUCCAACCUUAUUUAAACAUUCAAAAAACUUUCUGUACAUGGACCAAAAGGUGUGCCAUAUUUAAAAUGUAGAAGCAUCAGAGUAAGAAGACCAUCAUCCUUUUAAGACUGCACCAGGUUUUUGGUGCACAUGAAAGAACUCUUUUUAUCUUUGGGUCGAAAAGCCACCAUUUCUGGCCUAGUACUCUUUGUAGUUACUUUUGCUUUGUAUGUGUCUGCAGAGAUUAAAAUUCAAAACAUUGAAGACAAAUGUUGCAAAUCUUGAAUUAAGUAACUUUCCAUAUAGCUCUAGCUUUACUCAGCAUGACUAUAGAUAAUGAUAGCAGAAAACAAUCAUGGAGCUUACAGAACAUUUUAGUCCCAAGGCCUACUUGUGAAUACUGAAAUCCCCUGUCCUUGAGAUAUUGUUUAAUUUAAUUGUUUUCUGUAUGCACUUUUUUCUUUUGUCACAUGGUCAUGCUUGGUUAGUUGUACUCGGUCCGGCAUUUUUCCUUUCUACCUUUCUUCAAAAAUUGUUUGGCAGAGGUGUCCUGCUGGAAAUGAUACAUUUGUGAGCUAAUGCUUAAACAGAUCCAAAAUAUUUGUACCAGGACAAAGCUGAAUGCCAUUGUUUUUAUGGUAACACUAACAAUUUAUGAUGAAUUUAUGUUUGUAGUGAAGGCUGCAGGUGAAAAAUAUAAUAAAGAUGGACAUUGCUUCAGAGGAAA